UUUUGUGAGCGCAUAAGCGGUUUUAUUACGUAAUAAGUUGAACUAAUACGACAUAAUAAGUAUAAAAAUAGUGUUUAUUUUAUUUAGCUAAUAGACUUGUAUGUUAUGAGUUUUUAAGGCAGUAUGAAGUUUUUAUUAGUUUUCUGUAUUAUGCGCUUUUUAGCUGCGAAUUCAGAAACUACUGUCUCAAGAUCUGAAACGCCUUCGUUUUUAAUCUACCGCUUCUUGUCCAGUACUAGCGGAUUUUGCAUGAUGGCAGAACGAAAAAUUGAAAACCAAAGGGAAAUUUUUUACGCAGUACUUUCCACAAAGUGCCUAGUUAACAACUUAGCUUGGCAAUGGGAGCGAUUAGAUAGCAAUUUGAUUAGUAGUGUUUUGUACAGCAAAUGCCUUACAGCAGAACUUUUUGGUAGUAUAGGCGCAAAUCCGACUGGAAAAGUAUUUUUAAAACCGUGCGAUUCAGAAUCACCGGCGCAGAAAUGGACUUGCGAUUCUCAGUACAGUAUUUUCCUAGAAAAUCUACCGAAUGGUCAGUUUUAUCGGCUUGAAAAUGAACUUAUAGUACAGAACUGGGAAGUUACAGCGGGGACACCAAUUUUGAGAGAAAUCGCAAAUGUACAGGAGAGUAACUCGACGAAAAAAUGGAUAAUUUACUCAAAUGCUGCAGAAACUAAACCUCUUUCGAUUUGUGAGUCAAAUUUAGUCGUAGAAAACACUAAAUCUUAUAUUAUGACAGUUUCUGGCGGCGAAAUAGUUGGUCAAGCUUGUGUUUUCCCAUUUAUACGCUUUGGGGCCGAAGUCUGGAACUGUGUUCCGUAUAAUAACCUAGAUAUUUGUGCCACUGUAAAAAAUUUGGACAGUCAUCCAAACAGCUGGGGCGUAUGCCCUGAAAAUAAACGUGGUACCUAUUCGGAUGCUAUUGGGCCGCCUUUGUGCACCAAAGCUUGCGACGGCGGGCGGUUGUGUCGUGCACGAAAAUGCCUAUUUCCACCAUGUGUAAAAAGAGAAUGCUUAACAAAUGUAUGUGAAUACGACGACGCUGAAUGCAGUACACAGCAGUGUAAUACAGAACCGUGUAGCGGGGACACGAUUUUAUCUAUUGAAGGCGACUCGCAACAGUUCCCAGCGUACGGUGUUGCACCAGUACUCGACCAAGGUGUCUUAGGAAAAUGUGUUUUUCCGUUUAUAUUAGACGGGGAAGUCAAAGAACGCUGUGUCGUUGAUUAUAGACGGGAUUUAGCAUGGUGCUCGCUUACUGAAAACUACGACAAACAUCAAAAGUGGGGGUACUGUAAAAAUUCCUAUAGUGGUUCCUGGAGCUCUUGGACUACUGUUUUAAACUCUUGCUCGCAGAGUUGUGGUACUGGUACUCUUACAGUGUACCGUAGGUGUAGAUUUCCGCCUUGUGUUGGAGAUGAGCGAAAAACUGGAGGGACGUGUAACACUAAAGCUUGCCCAGAGUGCUAUACCGGCAAUGGGGAGACGUAUAGGGGUACUGUAAGUUUUUCAAAUGAUGGUACAGUCUGUCAAAUGUGGGCUUUGCAGGUGCCGAAUGCACAUACAGAUACGACGCCUGAACUUUACCCAGAAUUGGUACAGAAUUACUGUCGUAAUCCAGGCGGGUUGUUCAAGCAACCAUACUGUUAUAGAGACGCUAGUAACCUUCCUGCCAGAAUGUAUUGCGAUUUACCAAGAUGUGGCAGUAAUGUUACAGAUAUUGAAAUACCAUACACGAUUCCAUACACUGAAGACGUAUUUGGUCUAAAACCUUGUAUUUUUCCGUUUACUUUUCACGGGGAGUUAUUUUAUCAGUGCGUAUUAACAGACGAGCAUAUUGCGGGAAGGGAAAAAUGCGCUAUUACUAACGGUACUCAAACAGUGUACAGAUAUUGCCCUGCGUUUUAUAGAGGAAAGUGGUCGGAAUGGAAUUUUGCCGGAGACUGCACCGCAAAUUGUGGAGGCGGUUUCGAAGUACAUUACAGAACGUGUUACUUUUUACCUUGCCAAGGGAAGUCUGUCAAAGUUACGAAGAAAAUGUGUAAUACUCAGCCGUGUACGUGGACACAGCCUGGAAGCCAAGACUGUUUUAACGGCAAAGGCGUUUUCUAUAACGGGCCAGCGAAUGCAGAGAUAGGACGACGCUGUAAUGCAUGGACAGGCCAUUAUAAAAGGAUGAUAGAAAUGGCUGGCCUUAGUACUUCAAAUUACUGUAGAAAUCCUAACCCUAGAGUUAGGUCUGGGCCAUGGUGCUACGGCAGAGGCGGUCGGACUUGGGAAUAUUGUAACAUACCACGUUGCCCUACUAUUGAAGGAGAAAUAUUUGGAUUACCUUUUAAAAACAAGGCGUAUGAUGCUGAAAAUAAGCCGUGCCAUUUCCCAUUUCGAGGCGUACGUAAUGAACUGCAUUCUGCUUGUGCGAAAGUUAACCCGCUAAGGGCAGACGAUAGAGGCUUAAAGUAUUGCGGAUUCCAGGAUACCGAAGUUAGUGUUCCAAGUAGUGGGAAUAUGAGACCAAGACAGCAUAUUGGUUUAGUUAUGCGUGGAUUACAGAAAGGGAUGUAUGGUAUAUGUCCGCUAAGUACACAGGGAACUUGGACUAGCUGGACAGCUACAGGAAAAUGCUCAGUAGUUUGCGGGGGUGGGUAUAUUAUAAUGAGACAUAGGUGUCUUCACCCGCCGUGUUCUACAAAAGGGUCAAAGGGGAAUGAAAAUAUGCCAUGUAACACGCACGCGUGUUUAAACUGCAUUCAAGGCAAUGGGAUAAAUUAUAGGGGCGAAGUCCGGCACAGCGCUAAUGGUAAAGAAUGCAUACCAUGGGCUAUACAUCAAACUGCACGAGAGCAAUACCCUAUACAAGAUUUUCCUGAGUUGCAGAGCAACUUUUGCCGAAACCCAGGUGGUCAGAGUGUCUUGCCGUGGUGUUAUGAUAAUGUACUGCGCUUCAAAAGCUAUUGCGAGAUACAGCAUUGUACUGAUGAUAACCUUUUCACGAUUCCGUACACAAUUCCGAACUUUCGUAAGUCGCGUUCAGGAGCGCCAUGCCAUUUCCCGUUUCGGUAUAAAACUGACUGGUAUUUCUCUUGCUUUCUGCACGAUGAUUCCGGAAAAACAGAAUGCCUUUGCCCACAGACUGAUAUCGUCACAGAAGACGUUCGCACGCUUGCAAUAGCGCCGAAAAUUUACGCCGGGAAAUGGACUGUAUGGAAUAGAACCAGUACGUGCAGUAAAAUGUGCGGCGGAGGAAAAAUACUUUAUGUAAGAGAAUGCUUAUACCCUACUUGCCAAGGCAGUAAGUUCAAAUACGAGGGCAUAUGUAAUACACAUCAAUGUACUUUUAGGAAAAAAAUGCUCGAAGGUAAAGACUGUUUUAUUGAUGAAGGAAUGGACUAUACUGGGGAAGUAUCUGUUACAAUUUCAGGACUUAAUUGUCAGUUAUGGUCGUCAAAGUCUCCGCAUACGCAUAGGUAUUUAAGCACAGGUUCGGGGAUUGAGUUGACUGGAAAACUGUGCAGAAAUCCGAGUCCUUUGGGUACACGUAAAGCGCCUUGGUGUUUUGUGGAUGAUUCGUCAGUCAGAUGGGAGUAUUGUAAUAUACCUAGAUGUCGAGGCCACGAGGGCGAGAUUCGAACUGUUGAUGGUCCGGACAAUAAUAAAGUAUGCAAGUUCCCGUACACUAUAAACAAUGUUGCGAUAGAAGAAUGCGGGCUAAGGAAAAUUGAACGGAUUUCAGGGAAUGGACAUAGGACUGAAAUGGAUGUACGUUUUUGCCCAACUGUUGCAAAUUUCGCUGAAAAAUCAACCGAAAUUCAGGAUUUAAAGUGGGGUAUUUGUCCUAGUGCUUUGGAAGGUACUAUAUCUGCUUGGACCUUAUGGGCAGAGCCGAAUACUUGUACUGUUCCCUGCAAUGGAGGCAGGUUGAGAUAUAAAAGAUCUUGUAGAUACCCGCCGUGUGCUUCUGGUGUUGCCAUGCAAAAAUUAGGAGCAGAAUGUAACAAACAAAUUUGUGAAGAGUGUUUUACUGGUGAUGGUACAACGUAUAGAGGUACCCAAAACAGAUUUUCGGACCAUAUUUUGUGCCUGCCUUGGUACAGUACUAGGAUACCAAAAGAUACGUUCACAGAUGUAUAUGCAUUAGGUGGCCGUAACCACAGCUUUUGUAGGAAUCCUAACCCAGAAAGAUACAAAAUCCCGUUUUGCUAUGUAUCGUAUGAAGGUCAGUUAAGUAUUAGAGUUUGCGAUAUACCUAGAUGCGACUUAUCAGAGGAUAAAUUGGUUACUAUCGGAUCGCAAGAAGGAUUUAACCAAGAGGGGAAACUGUGUACUUUUCCGUUUACGUUUCAAAGUGUAUUACAUCAAGGGUGUAUAGAGUAUAGGGGACAUUAUAUGUGUGGUACCACGCAGGGGAUAUAUGGGUAUUGUUCAAAUUGGGACCGUGGCGUUUGGGGAUCAUGGGCUCCUACUAAACAUUGUGAUAAAGUUUGUGGUGGCGGGAAAAUUACUUUUAAAAGGUAUUGCCGUUUUGCACCGUGUUCUGGACCGGAUGAAAAAGUGGAGGGUAAUUGUAAUACACAUUUAUGCAAUAAACUGACAACCUGUUACGAUGUAGAAACGAAAGGUGUUGAAUUUAUCGGCAAAAAUCCGUAUUUUUCUCGAGGAAAAUCGUGCCUACCGUGGGGUAUUCAAGGAAAAAGUGAAGGCGGCGUUUGCCAAAAUCCGUAUGGCACGCAACCGAGACCGUACUGUAAGCUUUCUGGUGGAGAUAUAGCAUUUUGCUCUGUUCCUGCAUGCCCAGACUCAAAAAGGCCGAUAACGGUAGAAGUUUCUGCUACAGAGAAUAGGCUUCAUAAGUAUCCUUGCGUUUUUCCAUUCACAAGUCGUGGGGUGGUUUAUAAUCAAUGUACGGACGCUCCUACGCCAAGUAAUAGACAACAUGCGUAUUCAACUCGAUGGUGUGGAACCGUAAACAACGUUGACAGUUUUCCAGAAACAGAAUGGGGGUUCUGCCCCAACACUGCUGUAGGAACGUUUUCAGACUGGUCAAAAACGGGGAAUAACUGCACGAAAUCGUGUGUAGCGUUCCAGACCAGGCACUGCCUUUUUCCGCCGUGUAAUGGGAAAAUUUGGCGUUUAGCUACAGAUAGUUGUGAUCAGGACUUAUGCCCUAAUCCCAUUUGGGGCAGCUGGGGUGUAUGGACAAAAUGCAUACAAUGUAGUGUUGUAAAAAUUCGAACCCGUAUUUGCUACAAAUCUGGCGCUAUAGCACAUAACAUGUGCCAAGGAGAUUCGCAGGAAAAAACGGCGUGUAAUUUGGCCCAAAACGCUGCCUGUGACUCUACAUAUGCUUUAGGGUACUUAACUAAAUCUCAGAUUGAAAUUUUGAGUGUUUCUUACAACAGUUUAAAACGUAUUAGUGCCAGUGCAAAUAGUGCUAAAAUUAACUUUAAAAUGGUUGUUUUUUUUCUCUGUUUUUGGCUUGUAAAUGUAACUUGAAUUUGUGUUUUGUAUUGUAUAUUAUUCAGUUACAGAUUUGAACUAUUCUGACAUGGAAUUGUAUUAGUUUUAAUCAGUUUUUUCAGACUGUAGCUUAUAUAUACUUAUACUUUAUAAUGUGUUGCAGUCUUUUUGGCACACACUAUGUAUAAUUAUUUUUACUGAAACGUUAUAUAGUGUAGCUAGUAUUUUGCAAACAGUGUGGCUUCUACUUAUAAAUUUUAUUUUUUUAUAAUGUGCUGCAGUCGUGUAGGAUUUCACUAUCUAUAUAUUAUUGUAAAAACAUUAUUACACAAUUUAAAGUCUUCACUUUGGUGGUAACUUUCAAUUCUACAAACUGUAUUGCUAUUUCUACAUAUUUUGCUUUUAGUUCAUUGUUUAAAGUAUAUAUUUUUCUAUAGAAAUGGAUAUGCUGUAAUUAAAGUGAGAUUUUUUUGUGACUAUAG